CUCUUUCUUCUCUUUUGGAUAAUAUGCCAAUGCAAAUCCAUUCAUCCACUCAAUUUCCAGUUUUCCAUUCUCCUCCGUCAAACGCCCACUGCCCAUAACCGUCGCAACAAUCAAUUAUGGCCGCUACGGCCGCCGCCAAGCUCGCUUCUGGCCUCCUUUCCUCCCCUUACACCCAACACCACCGCCGGAAACUACCACGUCUACCAUUGCAUCAUCAGUAUAGCCAACCAGGAAAGCAUGUAACUCUGGCCCUCCGGAGAAAUGGGAUAACGUGCAAGGCAGCAGAUGUGUCGUCCUCAGGCGUUUCUGAAGAUACAAGGAAUUGGAUACCGGUGGUGCCAGUAUCGGCGCUUCCGAAAGGUGAAAGGAGAGUGAUAAUACAAAAUGGAGAGGAGAUUCUCCUAUUGUGGUAUAAAGAUGAGGUGUUUGCUAUCGAGAAUAGAUCACCUGCCGAGGGUGCGUAUAGUGAAGGCUUGAUCAAUGCUAAGCUCACCCAGGAGGGAUGCAUCGUGUGCCCAGCAACUGAUAGCACAUUCGAUUUGCGAAAUGGUUCCAUCAAAGAGUGGUUUCCUAAGAAUCCUGUGUUAAGAGUGCUGACACCCGCUUUAAGUAAUUUAUUUGUUUAUCCAGUAAAAGUUGAUGGUGAAAAUAUCUACAUAAGCAUGGGACGAUCAGCACCAUCGGUUGCAUCUGCAGAAAUCGUGUUUAGUGGAAAGGCUCAACCUGGUAUAACCGCUACUGAUGUCAACGUGGAUGAGGUAAGAAUGGUGGUUGAUGAAGGGUCUGGAGGAUUUGGUUUUACAAAUAAAAACGAAUUGAUAAAUGGAAAAGCAGCCAUUAUCGGGUUCCUGUUGCUUUUGGAUUUUGAACUUUUGACUGGUAAAGGGAUCCUUAAGGGGACAGGCUUCUUGGAUUUUCUUUAUUCCAACAUCAAGUAAACAUUGUUACCGAGCCAGUGUGAAAACAAACUGACAGGUAAACUUGUAAGGUAUACAUCCGUUUUGUUGUGUUUCCAACAGUUUCACAAAGUUUGUGAUUGAGUUAUAUAUGUUGGUUUGAACAUAAAUAUAAGCAAUGUACUUCAUUUUUAUUAUUA